AAAGCACAUUUUCUGCCGCCGUUCUCGACAGAUAGGUACCGCAGCCCCGCCCGCCAGAUACUCGAUAUCGUAAUAAUCCCGACCGGCCGGGACAAUCGUCAAGAGGCGGUCAAGCACCCUCCGCAAUUUGCGCCAAUGAUUCCUGCAUCUGUUCCUCUACGGCUUCUCCGCUCAAUGCCUGCGGCAUUUCACCGAACGGCAUCCUUCACCGCCAGUGCUUUUCGAAGGGAAGAGGAUGCGUCUAAUCCAGGCAAGCUAGCUACGCUUCCCAAGAACACGCUCUCUUCUGAUGUUACCAACAACUAACUGCUAUAUAGUACAACGGAAAAUCGAACCACUACCGUACUUCGUCCACCGGACCGAGAACAAUAAUUUUCCCGUCUAUCAAGAAUACAAGGCGGGAGGGAACAAACUUCAGACUCGCAUACGGAGGGUUGAGGGUAAUCUUCAAUUUUUGAGGGAUCAAAUCGAGAGCGCUUUGCGGAUGGAGAAGGGACAAGUGAAGAUCAGUUCUCUCGCUGGGCACGUCAUAGUAAAGGGCCGGAGGAGAGAUGAGAUCGUAAGGUUUCUGUCAGAUCUUGGGUUUUGAUGUGAGAUUUCUACUUAUCACUAUCAAAUAUGUAUAUUGUGUGAUGGUAUUAUUUGGCGUUCGUUUCUUUAUGGCGAAAGAGGGACUCGACCAGCUUGUAAGUGUACAAAAUAGAACAAAGAAGGGGCAUGAAAGACCUCCCAGAAAA